AUGGAAGACAAGAAUUUGGAUCUUUCGUUGAAACAUCUUUGUCGAUAUCUAAUCCAUGAGUCGUUGGCAAACAAAUACCUCUGCGUUUCUGGCGAUGAAUAUCUUUCUCAUUGGAAUCGUUACAAUCGUUUUGAAUUUCAAGCACUACAAACACCCACCCUACUGGGAGAAGAGAACAUUAUUUUUAAAGUUUCAGUGCUGUAAGUUUCCAAAUAGAAUGCUUAGAUAGUAACUGUGUAAUUGGUUUCUAAUAAUGAAACAUCUUAGAGUCUACAGGAAGAUAGAAUACUGACAAUUAUAUCUAUGCCACUACCUUUGUUAUCUAUGGGGGCGGGUCAAAGGAUGUGAAGAUAUGCAGCCAUACAAUAUUAGUUUCUCUUCAAGUUCUUUAAAUUCUAAUACCUCUGUGUCUCAAAAGUAUUAUUAUUUUAAACAAUAAUAGCGCAUUUAUAUUAUUUGAAAGUGAAAUAUAUGUAUGUUUUUACUAACAUGUUCUCAGGACUACAAAGACAACUUAUACUAUUAAAGUUAGUUAUGAUAUUUGUUAUAAUAUUUAUGUCGUUUAUAUUAUUAUUAAGUUUGCUAUGUAAUUCAUAUUUACAUGCAAGCAAACAUGUAAAAAUUGCAAAUUAUAUCAGCAAUGAAAAUUAUAAGCAUAGAAAUCUAAUAAGCAAUAAAUCUACUAUAGCCCUGUUUUCAAUAGAAGAGAUGAGGAAUAUAAGAAUGGAAUUAAAAUGUAGAAAAAAUGAAUUAGAACAAUAUUGUAAAAUCAUUGGUAGAACAAGCUCAAACUUAGACAAUGUAUUAUCGAAUAUGAUUAUUGAUACAACACAUGGAUUAUCAUGGUGUCCUAUAUAUAAAGCAGCAAGUUCUACUUGGAUGAAGCACUUUGCUACACUUGGAGGUGUAUUAACAGAAUCAGCUAUGGAAUUGAUUCGCAAAAAUAUUUUGCAGAUUAAUACUAUUGUUAGAAAAGCAUUUCCACGUGAUCGAGAUGUUAAAAAAGUGUAUCAAAAGUUAAAUACAACAACAAAAUUUCUAAUAGUGCGUCAUCCAUUUGAACGUUUAGUAUCUGCAUAUAGGGAUAAAUUAGAACAUAUAGAAGGAAGAGAUUAUUAUUAUAAAAGAUUUGGACGUCAUAUAGCACACAAAUACCAUCGCUAUAGGAAACCAAAUGAAACAAAAUUAGAACCCACGUUUACUGAAUUUCUUCGAUUUAUAGUGGAAGAAAAAUAUUUUGAUGAACAUUGGACACCAUUUAUCGAUACUUGUGAACCUUGUUUAAUUCAGUAUAAUUACAUUUUAAAAUUUGAUACUUUUGAUAGAGAUCAAAAGUUCUUAAUACAAGAAUUAGGUUUAAAUGAAUACCUGUAUGAAAAAAAUGACUUGAAAAAUAUAAAUCCACGCGGAGUUACAACUACUACUUUAGUUAAACAAUACAUGCAAAAUGUUCCUAGAUCAUUGCUCGAUGAAAUUAACAAAGUUUAUGAACAUGAUUUUAAACUUUUUUCCUAUUUACCCAUAUAAUAUCUCAAGAUAUUUAAGAGUAACAGUAGAAACAAAAGUAUAAUAAAUCUAAAAGUUAUAUUUAAUUCUUUUUAAUACAAUUUAAGCAAUAAUAA